AGUAUUCAAAGAGAUACCAAAACUGUUCAAAGUACAAACCAAGCCAUUGGUAGACCAGACUCCAUUGGAUUAAUAUAUCCUUCAUCACCAUAUAUAUCAAAUUUCUUUUUUUUUUUUACUUGGUUAUAAAGUUGAACGAAAAAAUGUUAAAAAAAUCGAAAACAGCAAAAGAGCAAGCAUUUCUAGAAAUUUGCUUUCGUCUACCUGCAGGCCUUGUACAUCCACGACAUUCAAGUGCUUCUAAAUUUAGAAUAUAAAUAUUUUUUCUUUUAGAUGCCUUUAUUAUUCUCGAUGGAAUUGUAACAGAGAUUCUCUAUUCAUAAACAACAACAGCCUAAAAGAGAAAGAGAAUAAAUAAAAGGAGAAGAAGAAGAAGAAGAAGAAAAAGAAAGGUAGUUUCAAGAUUAAUGAUGCCAGAAGAAGAAACUGAUUUGUGGAGAGCUGUAUUAUUCAUAUUCUUAAUCUUGAUAUCAGGUGCAGUGGUUGCUGCAGAUUCUCUUGAAACAGACAGAGAAGCACUGCUAAAUUUCAAGUCAUUUCUUUUAGAGAAGAACACUGUAAAUAGAGGGCAAUAUUAUCAAUGGGGACAGUUUAGCACAAAUCCAUGUAACUGGUCUGGAAUCAUUUGCACAGCUGAUGGUUUAAGAGUUAGUGGCAUCAACCUUACUGAUAACAGCAUUUCUGGGGAGUUAUAUAACAACUUCUCUUCUCUAACAGCUCUUUCUUUCCUUGAUCUUUCUCGAAACUCUAUCGGUGGCUCAUUUCCUGAUGACUUGAACAACUGUCAAAAUUUAUCAUAUCUUAAUCUUUCACAUAACAUUCUUCAAGGAGAACUCAAGUUGACUGGCUUGAGAAAUUUGCAGAUUCUUGAUUUGUCUUUGAAUAGGAUUUUUGGGAAUAUCCAGUUUAGCUUUCCUGCAAUUUGUAACAAGUUAGUCGUGGCGAAUAUUUCACAAAAUAAUUUUACCGGUACAAUUGAUACUUGUUUUGAUGAGUGCUUGAAAUUGCAGUAUCUUGAUUUGAGUUCAAAUUUUUUUAAUGGAGGAAUAUGGAAUGGAUUUUCAAGGCUUAAGGAGUUUUCCGUAGCUCAAAAUUUUCUUACUGGACAAAUUUUGGGGUCAAGUUUUGGUGAGACUUGCAGUCUAGAAGUUUUGGACUUAUCAGAAAACAAUUUCACUGGUGGGUUGGCAACAGAGAUAAAGAAUUGUAGGAAUUUGAUAAUUUUGAAUGUGUGGGGAAAUAAAUUUACUGGUAAAAUACCAUCUGAAAUAGGCUCAAUUUCGAGUCUUGAAGCUUUGUAUUUGGGAAACAAUAGUUUCUCUCCAGUGAUUCCUAAGUCUCUUUUGAACUUAAGCCGUUUAGCCUUUCUGGAUUUUAGCAGAAACAGUUUUGGAGGUGAUGUGCAAGAAAUUUUUGGAAGUUUUAAACAAGUGAAGUUUCUGGUAUUGCAUGGAAAUUCAUAUACUGGUGGAUUAUAUUCUUCAGGUAUUCUCAAGUUACCUAGUGUUGUUAGAUUAGACUUGAGUUAUAACAAUUUCUCAGGUCCAUUACCUGUUGAAAUUUCGGAAAUGCCAAGCUUAAAGUACUUGAUUCUUGCUUAUAAUCAAUUUAAUGGCAGCAUCCCUAAAGAAUAUGGAAAUUUGACAAGUCUUCAAGCUCUUGAUCUUUCCUUCAAUAGCCUAAGUGGGUCUAUACCAAGUUCACUCGGAAACUUGAAUUCUCUCUUGUGGUUAAUGCUUGCUAAUAAUAGUCUAACAGGUGAAAUUCCACGAGAAUUGGGAAACUGCAGUAGCUUAUUAUGGGUAAACCUUGCUAACAACGAGCUUUCAGGGAAAAUACCACCUGAGCUGGUCAACAUAGGCAGAGAUCCCACACCAACAUUCAAGUCAAAUCAGCAGAAUGAGCGAAUAACUGCAGGGUCUGGUGAAUGUUUGGCAAUGAAGAGGUGGAUACCUGCAGAUUACCCUCCAUUUAGUUUUGUAUAUAUACUUCUUACUCGGAAAAAUUGCAGAAGCCUAUGGGAUAGGAUACUUAAAGGUAGUGGCCUUUUUUCUGUAUGUGCUGCAGGCUCUACUAUUCGAACACUCAAAAUCUCUGGCUAUCUUCAACUCAGCGGAAACAAACUUUCCGGUGAGAUUCCUCAAGAGAUUGGUAAGAUGCAGAGUUUCAGCAUGUUACAUUUUGGUUCUAAUGAGAUUUAUGGGAAGCUGCCUCCUCAGGUUGGAGAGUUACCCCUUGUAGUACUAAAUGUAAGCAAGAAUGGGUUUUCAGGUGAAAUUCCAACUCAAAUUGGAAACAUCAAAUGCUUACAGAAUCUUGAUUUGUCCCAUAACAAUUUUUCUGGCACUUUUCCUGUAACCUUGAACAAUUUGAGUGACUUAAGCAAGUUCAAUGUCUCAUACAAUCCUUUGAUUUCUGGUGUCAUCCCAUCAACCGGACAAUUAGCUACAUUUGAGAAAGAUUCUUAUUUUGGUGAUCCAUUCUUGAUUCUUCCAAAAUUCAUCAACAAUUCCACAGAUGAUGUUUCUCCUCCUAAAGUUAGAAAGGUUGACAGUACUACAAGGCGGGCUGUCCUUUUUGUGCUUUUAACGCUGACACUAGCUCUCUUAAUAUGUGGAGUUUUAUCAGUUAUAGUUUGGAUGUACGGCAAAAAUAAAUCAAACUCACCAGCCUAUCUCUUGCAAGAAACUAAAUACCGACAUGACAUGGCAUCGAGUUCAGGCAGCUCAUCUCCAUGGUUGUCCGAUACAGUUAAGGUAAUUCGCUUAGACAAAACAGCAUUCACUCAUGCUGAUAUUUUGAAGGCAACUGGAAACUUUUCAGAAAGCAGAAUCAUAGGCAAAGGAGGAUUUGGCACAGUGUAUAGAGGAGUAUUGCCUGAUGGAAGACAAGUAGCAGUUAAGAAGCUGCAAAGGGAAGGAAUUGAAGGCGAAAGAGAAUUUCGAGCAGAAAUGGAAGUCUUAAGUGGAAAUAAUGGCUUUGGCUGGCCUCACCCAAAUCUUGUAACACUAUACGGUUGGUGCCUUGAUGGUUCAGAGAAAAUAUUGGUUUAUGAGUACAUGGAAUGUGGAAGCUUAGAAGACCUUGUUUCAGAUAGAAUAAGACUAACAUGGAGAAGGAGAAUUGACAUAGCCAUUGAUGUUGCGCGAGCAUUAGUCUUUCUACACCAUGAGUGCUAUCCUGCUAUUGUCCACCGCGAUGUCAAGGCUAGCAAUGUGCUUUUACACAAAGAUGGGAAAGCAAGAGUUACAGAUUUUGGAUUGGCAAGAUUUGUUGAUGUUGGAGAUAGUCAUGUCAGCACAAUUAUAGCUGGCACUAUUGGGUAUGUUGCACCAGAAUAUGGUCAAACCUGGAAAGCUACUACUAAAGGCGAUGUGUAUAGCUUUGGAGUUUUGGCAAUGGAACUUGCCACAGGAAGACGAGCUGUGGAUGGUGGGGAAGAAAGUUUAGUGGAAUGGGCUAAAAGGGUAAUUGGAAAUUCUCCAAAUUCACAAAUUAUACCAGUUGUUCUACUAGGCUCUGGUUUAGCACAAGGAGCAGUAGAGAUGUAUGAGCUAUUGAGAAUUGGAAUAAGGUGCACUGCAGAAUCUCCACAGGCAAGACCAAACAUGAAGGAGGUUUUAGCUAUGCUAAUAAAGAUUUCAGGCACAAGACAGGAUUUUGUGUAUAGCUUAUCUUCUUCAUUUAAUUCAAGUUCUAUAUAUAGGGUGUUGAAUUAGACAUACAUAAACAUGUAAAUUAGACAGUGUUCUUUUUUUUUUUUUUUUUUUUUU